AUGCGGCUCUUGCUUGUCAACGAUGACGGCCCCCCGUCCUCCGUCUCGCCCUACUUCGCUCCCUGGGUCGACGCCUUGCACAAGGCUGGCCACACAACGGUCGUUGUCAUCCCUGACCGUCCGCUGUCUUGGAUCGGAAAGACCCAUGCAGUCGGCAAGACCUUGACCGCCGCAAGCAGAUGCCCAGCGUCCUUUGCCAACGAGACAUGCACCGUCCCCGGCUGCGACGAGACUGAGGACCGUACCCACCGCUGGCUUGUCGUCGACGGCCUCCCCGCCAGCUGCACUCAGAUAGGCCUGUUCCACACGGGCUUCAAGCCUGGUCGUGCGGCGUGUGCCCGCGCCGUCGACCUCAUCCAAGACCUUGCGCGCGACUGGCAUCCCCACGUGGAGGUGUACAGCGUCAACCUCCCCAUGGUCGCCGACAUCGCAGACCGGCCGCAGUUCCCGUGGGCGCCGCAGCUGGCCGACAUCAAGCGCCAGGCGGACGAGAGUCCCGAGGGCGAGGACUUGUGGGCGUCGCUCAAUGGCGUCAUCAGUGUUGCGCCCUUGAGAGCGAGUUUCACAGCUGUCGACGUGCACAAGUGA